GCCAGGACUCCAACUCGCGUCACCAUGGAAGCACUCAGUUUGCGACAUGCAUUCGCCAUUUUGCUGCCUCGGUGUGUGUAUGGGUGAAUGUGUGUGUGUGGGGGCUCCUCUAAGGCUGAAUACCUUCAUAGCUUCCAAACAUUCAACUCUUCAGCCAACGGAGGAAAUUUCCACAUUUACUAACAGAACUGUCGCCGCUGCAGCAUGACCCGAAGAGGCUGGACGUCGGAGCAGUAGAUAGUUUUGCGUUGGGUUAACGAAGAGGAGGAGGGCCAGCAGAAAUGUAAGACUGACCAACAGGACCUCUGUUCUCCAUCAUCAGCUGCUCAAGAUGAAACCACAGAGUAAAGGGGAGGAACAUUAUUGUCCUCGCUGGAAUAUGUUUUCCUUUUUGGAUUCUCAAAUUUGACAAUCCAUAAAUCCGCCAACAAUGAUACCUGGAUUAAUCUCCCAGGAGAUACAUGACCAGCUUCUGGACUCAAAGAAUUACCAGAAUCGGACAAACGGGGUGGAAAAGCUCAAAUGUAUCCUCUCAGAAGUGGACAUUAAAUCAGUCCCACCUGGGAGUGUUGAGGAGUUCAUAAAUUUUCUUCCCCGACUUCUGGAUGACAGUAAUUUUAAGGUGCUACAUGGCACCUUACAGGUUUUAAACCUGCUAAUACAGAAGCUGGAGACUGGCGUUGACAGAUUUUUGAAACAUAUAGUUUUCGUUGCCCUGAAGGCCCUCGGUGACACUCGUGCUGUCACCAGAAAUGAAUACCAUAAUGUGUUUCAGCAGCUGAUGAAAACUACUCCACCGCAACAAGUAUUGGACCUCAUUAUCGGCAACUUGAAACACAAGAACUCCACGGUCCGGGAAGACGUCUUGAACAUUGUCAUGGCAGCUUUGCUCACUCAUCCUAGGAAAGAUUUCAAUAUACCCAAGCUAUGCUUUGAGGUGGCACCAUAUCUGGCGGACAACAAAAAGAAGGUCCGCCACGCUGCUCUGGAGUUAUUCGCUGUUUUUGACCAUUACCUUGACACAGGAAAGAAGCAGCCAUUAAUGAAAGCUUUGGACAUGGUUGAGCUUAAUGAGGACGCAGAAGGUCUGAUGGCAGCUGUGCACGCAAGACGAGCGAGGCGCAUCCUUCCAAAGUUGAACUCAGAGGGGAUUGUGGAGUAUGGCCUGGUGGUGCCCAAACCCGGACAGUGGUCCACAGGACAGCACGCUUCUGGGGCCGAUCUGGACUGGGUGAUAAAUGGGGGCCGGACGAGCAGCGCCAGGAGCUACAGGGUAGAACAUGAGAGUGAUCUACUGUCCGGCUAUGGCAGCUUAGGCUCCCUCACUGACGAUCCGAUGUUACAGAGAAGGAUUGUGAGUGCAGGCAAAGGGAAAAACAAGCUACCCUGGGAGACGUCGACCGAUAACGAGCUGCAAAGCACCACACCUAACGGAAAGAGCCUUGAACAGGUUUCAAAGGGGGACUCCAGCUCACUUUCCAAGAAAGGAGAGACCUACAUACCAAGUUUCAGUUCUGCUGAGCCACAGAAGCCCCUGUCUCCCAGAAGGAGGGAAACCCCUGCAGGUCUCAGAAGAAGCGGGAGCCUCAACUUAGACACAAAUAUCUUUAAAAGCACAAACAUCUCUGACCCAGAUGUUGUCGCACCCAAAGGACGUGUGCUCUCGAGGAAUCCCAGUGUCGAGCGAACUUUCUCUCUUCCCUCCAAUGCUUCAGCACCCGGCUCCUUUCUUCUGCCUUCCUACCCCCUGGCUACAUGCACAGGGGGCAUGCUAACUCCAACACUGGCCCGCCAUCAUGCAGAGUCUUCCCUCUCCAUGUCCAACACUUGGCCCAACAAACGAGAGACCAGCCCUCAGCAGCAAGGAACAAGCCCUCGGAGAGAGAAAGAAGACACAGCAAAGGGAGACCUCUUCAGUGUGCAGUCUCCUAGGCCUCUUCGAGCCUCCCUUGUGAGUUCCUCUUCCACCUCAUCGUUCAGGCGAGCUCUGAGCAGCACCAGGGCAACCUUCACCAUCUCACCGGUGCAAGCCCAUUCUCAUGACGACCAGAGAUCAAACACUCCAGCCAACCAGCAGCCGGACAGUAAACUUAACCUGGACUUUGACAACAUCAGCCCCUGGCAAGUUCCUCAGGAAGACGAGCCUCUGGACAUGCAGGAGAUGCUGAACUCUCUACGCACCUUGCGAAACAGUGCUGCCAAGAAGAGGGCCAAAGUGAGCCUCGGCAGUCCAGAUCCUGACAGCCCUGACUCAGCCGUGCAGGUCGACCUGAGGCUGGAUUCACCAUUACAAACGUCUCCAGUGCUUACCAGCUCAGCCAGCGAGAGCGGGCUCUCAAGUCUGAGUUCAGCUGCCAACUCCAACUUCAACAACAUUAAAACAAGCAGUCCCAGAAGCUCUGCCCCUCCUGUAAUGAAACAACGGAUUGCAAGAGUGCCUUCUGAAAAACUACGGUCGUCUGUGUCCAUGGAUUUCAGCAGCUUUCAAGGAAUGUGCCGGAGAAAUGACUUGUCAUCUGAGGUGGGUGUUGUUGGACAAGAAGUUAAUUAUUGCAACGGAACAAUGAAAACUGAGGAAGAGAAACUGCCACUGUCUCCUCCGCUGGUCAGAGCAGCAGUCCGCAAACCCGUCAGAGCUUUGAAGAUUGUCAAAGGGUCCCAGAGCACCAACAGCUGUAGGAAUUCACCUGGUGCAGACAUUUCUGUACCUGAAGGAGUGAUAGGGAAAGGCAUGUGUGGCACUACAGUAUCCUCCAACCGUCCAGGAGCCACGCUGUUACUUGAGCAGGGGGAUUUGGCUGCCAAACCUCCCACUGAUCCUUUAGCAGGCAUCUACAGCCGUCAACUAGAUGGCGAUGACAGCUCACAUCCCGAAGAGCCCAAAGAAAUUAUGAGAAUUGUCAGGACGGGUCGGGACAAGACAAGAGCGCAGAAUCUGGAGCAAUUUGAGGAACUGUCAGGUAGAGGAGACGAAACAAGAGACAAGAUUCGCCAUCGCGUCCGACAAAUGUUGUCUGAUUCACCCACAGAAGGGAAUGAAGAAUUAAUCAUCAGUGAUUGGCGUUUGAACGGCAACACGCUAAUAUCCACCAAGUCGGAUCUUCUCUCUGAUGAAUCCUCCAUCAGUGCCACCAGUCCUGCCAGUCCACCAGAACCUCAAAGUCCAGUUAAAAGCUCAACCACACCCCACCAUCCCAGCCCCCCUACAUUACCUCCCAACUCAAAAAAUGUGUCCCGCCUUAGAAGGGCACCUAGCCUGAGCAGAACCCGACCUUCGCUGUCCCACAGUUCAGAUGAGUUGUGCCACGCCACUUUAAGACACAAGAAAAAUCUGUCCGCUCCUUCGGAGCUCUGUCCCUUUUCAAAGCCCGACCUGGUGCUGACUCAGAGUUUCAACCUCCUGAAUUCAGAGGACUGGGAGAAGAAGAUUGAGGGUCUGAUGUUCCUGCGCUCUCUUGCUUACAACCAUGCAGACACACUUCAAGGCCGACUUCAUGAAGUUUGUUUGUGUCUCAUCCAAGAGGUCAAGAACCUGCGUUCAGGGGUUUCCAGGGUGGCAGUGUGUGCCCUUGGCGACCUGUACACACACCUGCAGAGACUAAUGGACCAAGAGCUUGAGGGGACAGUGAAAGCGCUGCUGCAGAAGGCCGGUGAGAGUAACACUUUCAUCAGGCAGGAUGUCGACGCAGCGCUGGAUCGCAUGGUGCAGCACUGCACUCCGACCCGCGCCAUUGGUGCUUUGCUUACUGGAGGAAUCAGUCACCUUAACCCAGUGGUGAGGAAGUGCACUGCUCAGCAUCUGGCUAAUCUGUUAGAGAAGGUUGGGGCUGCCCGCCUCCUGUCUGGAGGUAAAGAUCUUACUGAAAGAAUUUUACCUGCCAUUACCAAACUUGCACAAGACUCCUCCCAGGAGACCAGGUACUUUGGUCGUCGAAUGCUGCUAUUUCUGUCAUCUCACCCUGACUUUGACAAGAACCUGGAAAAAUAUAUUCCCACCAAAGACCUGCAAACUGUCAGAGACACUGUCUUGACUCUCAGGACAAAGGGUCUCGGUGAGAUGCCCCAAGACUCUCAGUCAGCCAGAGGAAGACGCUCGCUCCCAGGCAGCGGAACAGUCAGGGCUUCAUCUCUCAAUGGAGAGCAACUCAACCAGACCAACAGGCAGUCGAACAGCCAUUACGGCUGUAAACAUCAGACACAGAGUAUUGCAGACAAAACUGAAUACAUAAAGCAGAUCUCAGGUCUGCUGGGUUCAAAGGACUUCAGAGAGCGGAUCAAAGGCAUCGAUCAGCUAGUGGCUGACUGUGAACACAACCCCAACAUGGUUGUCAAUAGUAUAUUUCCGGUGUUUGAUGCCUUUAAAGCCAGACUGCAGGAGUCCAACAGCAAGGUUAACCUUUACGCCCUGGAAUCUCUGCAGAAAAUAACCCAUUUGCUGAAGGACAGCUUGUCCCAAGUGGUUAACAUCCUGGUGCCAGCAAUUGUGGACAAUCACCUCAACUCCAAGAAUAACGCCAUCUAUUCUGCUGCUAUCGAAGCUCUGAAUGCACUUAUUUUGAAUCUUGAUAAUAUUCUUCUUCUUCAACCUUUCUGCACCAAGGCCCAGUUUUUAAGUGGCAAAGCUAAGGUGGAUCUCAUUGAAAAGGUUGCAGGUCUUGUUAAGGAGCUCUAUCCUCGCAAGCCUCAAAUGGUGGAGCAGAAAGUCUUGCCCUUACUGUGGCACCUUCUGGGUACCUCCACCCACAGCGGCAGCAUCCACGGCAGGAGUGGCAGCGUUCGGACCGCAACGGCCAAGCUGUGCCAAGCCCUUCUCACCCAAAUGGGGUCGAGCCUGAACGAGUGCGCUGCCUCCCAGCCUACUAAUGUCCAGAAAGGUUUAAACGAGCUUCUGAAGACCUUAAAAUAAAGGAAAAGCAAGAUCCAAAUGUUGAAAAAGAACAUCAAGACUGAUCUUACUUGAAACAAAAGAAAUGUUCUACGUUUCUUAUAGUGCCUGCACUUUUAUAUCAAUAUAAAAAAAACUAACAUCUUAGGUUGUUCCAAUUGUUUUAUCAGUGAUAUUUACAUCGGUACAGAAAUGUUAACAUACUGAUAUCCGGUCUUAUUCCUUCUCAACCUGCUCUCUCUGCACUUUGAAAAGUAGCUGAUCAUCAAAGUUUCCUCCAUUACGCACUGUUGACAAAUCAGAGACACUAUCACAGAAUGUAAAACUGAAAUGCACAACGUUAAGAAGACAGGGAGCCCAAAGGUGUAUAUUUUUGAUGUUCUAUCAAAGGUGAUGUGAUAUUUUUUGAAAUGUCAUGCAGAUGAUUUGAAGAUUUGUGACAGAUUAAAAAAAUGGUAUGAAAUACUUUUGUACAGCUCAGUUGUGUAUUUGCACAGUAUUAGCUUAAUGUUUAAGUAUGGUGUAAAUUGAUGGUUAUAAUUUAUCUAAUGUAUAAUGGUCUGAAAAUCAUUAAUGAUGUGUUGAGUUUGUACUCUGUUUUUCUUUGUUUGCAUGACCAAGACUUUUAAACAGAAUCAACCUUGUAUAAUCUCUGUGGGGGGAUGGUUGCACACAGAAACCUACAAGGCUGGAAAAAGUUGUUUUUUUUUUUUUUUACACCUGUGAUUGCCUGAGAAACAGCAAGAAGUCGGCUCUGUUUCCGUCUCUGUAUCGUGCCAGUCUUCAAGUAGCCUUUUAACUGAAAUGGUGAUUUAUAUUUAACUGAUUUGUGAACUAAAGAAAAGAGAUAUACGAAUAAACGGUUUAUUUCCCUAAUACUAAACUUCACCUUUUCUUUCAGGGACUGCAUAAUAUUUAGAAAAAAGGUCAAAAAACAUUCUGGUUUCGGUUCAGAAAGAUAAGUGCCGUUUUGAAUUCCAGUUAGGUAUGACGAAUUUAAAUAUAACCAUGAGACACAAAUUUUAA